AUGAAUGCCAUACCGACAUUUUCAACAAUCACCCUUCAUAACUGCCUUCUAUUGCAUAAUAGCCAUAUCCAAAUAACCUUGAAUGCCUCCGCAUCCUUUCCCGGCUGCCGCGUCCAGGUGCUCCAUGACAAACUCCCCCCGCCAACCAAAGCAUGGGCUGCUCUACCCGUCUCCCAGGACAGUUCCCAUCUCGACCUCACACUUAUGGAGCUUAUAGGAGAAGGAAGAAUAGGGAUUACAUAUGCCGCGCGGGUGAAUGCCGCCAACGACGCCUCGGGCGUCGACCUGCUGGCUUCAGGGUUGGUGCCCUCCGAGGUCUGCCUCAAGAUCGCGAAACCGCAUUUCUGCCGGAGCAUGGCAAGGGAAGCCUGGUUUUACGAGCAGCUGCGCCCGCUGCAAGGCAUAGCAACAGCAAGAUGCUUCGGGUUUUUCACCGCUACCGUUGAAGGUGCACGGACGAAUCCUUCGAAUGAAAGUGAGGCCAGCGAGAAGGGACCUGUAACAGUGGUACCUUGGGCUGCGUUGAAGGCGCGACCAGAGCAUAUGUUCAAGAAGACGCAUUGGCCAUCCGAAGACUUCCUCAUUGACGACUCCACCGCUUGGAUGUACACCGACGAACAUGGGUUCAAGAAGAACUCACCUUGGAAUGCGUGGCAGCAUUCAGAAGACAAGCCGCUUCUUUCUGUGCUAGUUCUAGAGAAGCUAGGCGAAUCUUACUAUCUGCCACAGGAUGAACCGAAGGGGGAGGAGGGCGAAGCUGUAAGGUCCUCUCUUCGCGACAUCGUAUACGAUAUAGCCACAAUCGGCAUCUCACAUGGCGACAUUACGGCCUUCAACAUCCUCCGCGCCCCACCAGGGUCGAAGGCAACGUGCCCUACUCAUAAUUGUGUCCACGAGUGGCGCAUCACUGACUUUGACCGAUCUACGAAGAUUGACCCGGACAGGUGCCACAAAGGAGACAUACUGACCUUGCUUGCGCAGCCAAGGUGUAUAGGGGUAGCUUAUCGCGGGUUCUGGGGGUCAAUAAUAGAUUGA